GGUAAUGAUAUGAAGGGAGUGUUACGAAGCCAGGCUGUCGAAGGCUUGUAAACAGUUGUACACGACUGACAAUCACGUAGAAAUGGAUGGAUUUCUACGAAACGGGGAGAGCUAAUUAACUGUCAACCAUAUACGUGUUCGAGGACGGCAGAGAUCAUGUCAGCAAUCAAGAUUGCCCUGCAGCAGAGCCAGAAGAGUGGCAAAAGGAAAACCUGUGAGGAAAUGUCUGCAGAGGUGUCGCCAGACUCCAAGUGUCCCAUCUGUUUGGACACAUUUAACAACAUUUCGUACCUGGACCUCUGUCUGCACAAAUUCUGUUUCCGUUGUAUUCAUGAGUGGUCCAAGAACAAAGCUGAAUGCCCUUUAUGCAAACAGCCAUUUAAUUCUAUCUAUCACAGUAUAAAAUCAGAACAAGACUUUAAGAAGUAUGACUUGCAGCCAAUAAAUAAUGGCUCCUUUGGGACUUUUGGGGGAGUGCGGUUUAGAUACCGCACAACUCUUACCGGAGUCCAUCGACAGAUGCGUGGAAGGACCUCUCCACCUCCAGACAAUGGAGUAAUGUUUGAAGCCUCAACAAACACUCAACAACAGCGGCAGGACCGUUACAUCCGGCGCAUGAUGAUGAGGCUGGCAGCCAAGAGGAGAGCUGCAAGUGAAGGCAGGGCAGUGAACAGUGUCAGAGAGUUGGAAAUGAUAAACUUCAGGAGGGAACUGUACCGACAAGGGGUAAGGGUUCGGACUGUGCGGGAUGGUGGUCGCUCGCGAGAUACCUCAGCUGAAUUCUACCGAAGAAAUCCUGCCUGCCUACAUAGACUGGUCCCCUGGCUAAAAAGAGAACUCCUUGUGCUGUAUGGGUCCCAUGGCUCUUUGGUCAACAUAGUUCAGCACAUCAUCAUGUCACGCUUGACACGUUAUGACAUGGAGGAUACAUCUAUUCAGGAAGAGCUCCGGCCUUUCAUCCAAGGGCGCACGGAGCACUUUCUACAUGAGUUCCUCAGCUUCGCAAAGUCCCCCUUCAAUAUGGAGGCGUAUGACCAGCAUGCUGUGUACGACUGCCCGGCCCCUUCCUCGAAUGAAGACAGCAGCUCCAACUCAUCUGUAAUAGCUAUUUCAGAGGAUGAGGAAAACUCUGUGGAGAUGGACCCCCCACAAGACGCCAUGUCUUCUCUGAGUCAAUCCGUGUGGGAUGAUGAGACGCCUGGGCCAUCGUAUUCUACGACAGCAGAGCAGAGCAGGGCAGAGCAUCUGUCAGUCCUCGACUCAGACUCAGACAGCAGCUUAGAGGAGGAGACACAAGAGUUUGGGGCUUCUCCACAGCAAAUGAGUCCCCAUAUCCAAACAAACAUGACUCAGGGUGAAGUUAACAAUGAAGAGGGUUUGUCUUCUGACAGCGAAGACUGUGUCAUUGUAGGCUUUGUCAAGCCAACAGCAGAGAGGACUCCUGAGCUGGUUCAGCUCUCCUCUGACUCUGAUGAGUCUGGCAGUGAAGAUACUAAGGAAGUGCCUCUUUUACCUCAACACAUCCGCUUCUGCAGUCUCAGUCCUCCAGCUUCACAGAGCAGCGAUCCAAGUGGUGCUGGACGGUCAGAAAAUGUUGAAACAGACCAGUAUUAUCGACUGGAUUCAAAUGAAAGACAUAGCUCUUCAACAACUGGCAGACACAAGACAUCCAGUAAGUCAGACAGAAAAGACACAGAUCGAGGUUUUGAUGGUAAUGAGAGAUCUAGGGAGAGGCACCGGUCAAAGGACAGAGACCAUAGGAGAAGAAGGAGGACAAGAAGUAGAGAGCGCAGGCACUCUAGCAGGAGCCCAGCAAUCUCCCAGAGCAGUGUCAGAACCCUAUCCAGGGAAAGAGAUUAUUCUAACUUCAGUGGCAGAGACUUGUACUCUAAAUGUGACAGUAAUUAUAAAAGGAGGGACAGCUAUCAGAGCUACCAGUCAUAUAGCCAUUACAGCCAAGAGAGAAAUGACAGUGGGAUGCAUUAUACAGAGAGGCGGUCCUACUAUUACAGUAGUCGCAAGUACUCAGAUAGGCACUCGUACUCUCGUUCAAGGAGCCGCAGCAGAGACUCACGGAGACGGGACAAGAGGUAUUCUCGAUCUUUCUCCAGCAGCCGCUCCCCUUCAGCGAAAAGGAGAUCCCACGAUGACAAGCCUGGUGGAAAGAGGAAAUACAAAACAAGACAUUUGGAGGAACCGUCCAAAAACAUACUUUCCAAAUCACAUGAAGGUGAUUCCUCCACAUUAUUAACAAAACACAAGAAAAACAGCAAAGAGAAGUAUCGCAAAAAAUCCAAAGAGAGGUCAAGAAAGAGUCUCAGUGUGGAGCUCAUCAAUGAGGAAAACUCAUGUGAACGAAGCAAACGCCACCAUAAGAAAAAGAAGAAACACAAGAAGAAAAGCAAAAGGCACAAGAGUAAUGAGCGCACAGAGAAGCGCUCACCCACCGUCAUCACCAUUGACAGUGACAGUGAUUCUUUUGCUAAUGACGGUGUUGCCAAGGCCAGCAGCAAUAAUAAGGACAAUCCUAUUGACAAUACCACAGAUGACCUAGUAGACCCUGCCGCUCUCCCCUCUCUGCUGUAGUUAUGGAAGUCCAGAGACCUUAAAGGAUAUGGUGAAUACACAUAUCCCUUAAAUACCACAAUUGUUUUCUACAAUGACUGCUCAUUGGACUCUAGCAUAUGUGACAGAGAUUUCUGUGUUGAACUGGAGAGUGAUGAUCAUUGGAUAAAAGACUUAGAAAUUUUAGUUUUUGAUUGUGUUAACUAACACCUAAAACAAUGCUAUUUUAAGUGCAACGUGCCACUAUUAAACAGGGCAGAAACGAGUAAUAUUGGGAGUCUCACAUUUUUUCAACUGUCAAUUCUUACUCUGGAAAUUCAUUUUCUUUAAUGGAUUUAUUUUAUUUUCAAAGUGCUCUCAGGGAUCAUGUUGAGUACAGUUAUUUUAUUUUUGGUAUCAUAAUUCAGCUAUAUUCUUGAGACAAAACCAUUUCUACCUGCUGCUCAUGGAGUAGAACUUAAUAUCUACAGAGUCUUUUGUAUUGAAUUUAUUUAAA